AGUUGGGUUGACGGGAAGGGCGGCGGAGACACGCGCACACACGGUUUAUAUUUAAACCCCCUUUCCGUUAGCUUAUUCGAAAGGAGAAAUUUAGUUUAGUUUAAAUCGUUUGGCGCUGGCUAUAAUUUAACAGUAGCUGCAGUGAAGGUGACAUUUCCACCCACACACACACACACGUUGCCGUGGGUCGGUGCGGAGCGUUGGCGCCGCUCCCUCUCUCUACCUCUCUCCCUCCCUCUCGCUGCCAUGUUCGCUGCUCCUUCCCUCACUCUGCUCCUCCUGCUCGUCGCCGCCGUCACCGCCACAACCGGCUUCCUCACCGAGGCCAAUGCCGACGCCGGCACCGUGAUCCCGGCUGAAAGUCGUCCCUGUGUUGAUUGCCAUGCUUUUGAAUUCAUGCAGAGAGCACUGCAGGACUUGAAAAGAACUGCAAAUAACUUAAAUACAAGGACGAAUGACCUGCUCCUGAGAGUGGAAAAGCGGGCUUUGUGUGACUGCCUGCUUUCAAACUUAUAGACUGAGGAAUUGGAACAAUGAAGUACCAUGACACUUUGUUCAGAAUAAAACCCUUUGACUCAUGUGGUACACAUACAAGUGAACUAUGUUGAUGAGAAUAUGGUUGAAGGUUAGUUUAGCUGGGGAUAUAUGAAACUUUACAUGUCACUGCAGAUAUCCAAGUAUCAAGAGUCUUUUAAAAAUGAAAUAUUUCAAUUUAUGAAGCUGCUGUUGUUUUGAUUUCUCCUGUGUCCUGUUUUCACCAAGUUCCUAUACCUUUUCCUUUCCUUUAUUUACCAUUCCAUCUCCUGAAUGUUUUCCUUCCCCGCCUCACACCACCGCCCCUAAAUUAUUUAAAAUCUAUACCCAGUAUACCCCCCCCCCCCCCCCCCAUCAAAUAAACAGACGUUUUUAAUGUGAGGAAUUGCAUAUUGAUGUGAGUGUGUACGUGUUUUACAGGUAGUGUAAUUUGUCUGCACUUUUAUUUAUACUGUACUUAGAAAGCAUGAAAUGUGAUGUAAUAAGAAUUUAAUGUUAUGUUUUUGCUGGGGAUUCGACAGAAAGGCUGUGUUAAGGUAGAAGUUUGGCCAUGAUGUUAAAGGAUGGCACAGCAGACUGGGGUGGGAGGUAGGGAGAGCAAUAAGUGCUGUUAUAAUACUUAUGCUGAUAUAACACUACAGUAACAUUCCGUUGCAUUUUAUUAUUGGUGAGUAGACUGUACUUUGUUGCAAGAUUUAAAUAUUUAACUGUGGAAAUGUAAUGUAUAAGAUUGAUAAGUAGUUUUAUUAACUUGUAUUGAUCCUGAAAUGUAACUUCUUUGACAGUGAAAAUGGAUGGUACAGUUGCCAUUGUAACUUUUGAAAGUAAAAUACCAUUCAACAGAAA